AUGCAACAUUGCAAGCCCACCCCUCGGCCUGUUCCUCCUGUUGUUCCAGAUUCCAGAAAUUCUUUGGCGGGCCGGAAACAGGCGCGCUACCGGUAUUCCUUGAGCGACACGGCGGUGGCGCUUGGUGAGGUUGAUCGUCAGGUCAAUACAGCUGUCAACGCAGCAGCUAUGGGAUUGGAAGACUUUGAGAAAGAGCUUGCGCAAAGCAAGAAGACAGACGACAGAAAGAAGCGCGACCGAAGCGGGAGUCGCGACAGGCACCAUCGCUCAAAAGGUAAAGACCGUGACCAUCGCGACAGACAUCGUUCCUCACGGCAUCAUCGCGACGAGGAUCGACAAGAACGGCACAGAGACAAGCGAUCGCGACAUCAUCGAGAAACCUCCGAAGAGCGCGCGCAUCGAAAGCAAAAGGAGAGCGAGGGCGAUAGGAGCCGCCAUGAUCGAUCGAGCCGCAAGCACAAGGACAGACGAAGCGCGUCGCCAGAUGGCGACGACGAGGACCGUCUGACGCGGAAGCGCAAGUCGCGCCAUUACGACGAAGACGAAUCCUCAGCCGAAGACGAGCCGCAGAAAAAGGACUAUGCGCCGCCAGACGACGAUAUCCUCGACCAACAGCUCGAGCACGUUGCCGACGCAGAUCUGCAACGCGAUGAUUGGAUGCAAGCGCCUUCGUCAAUGGAUAUCGAUUAUGUGCAGCGGAAGAAGAGAGAGGAAAAGACUACAUAUGUCAAGGCCUCGGCGGAGAAGCAGCACGCGCUCAAGAUUCACCAAGCCGAGCUCAAUCACCACCUUGCAGAUAUCAAAGUUGAUCAACAAGACAUCGCUCAGGAGCCAGCGCAGAGAGAAGUUGGCUAUACUUUUGGCGACUCAGGCGCACAAUGGCGUAUGACAAAGCUCAAAGGCAUCUACCGAAAUGCAGAAGAGUCUGGACGAAGCGUCGAAGAAGUGGCCAUGGAGAAAUACGGCGAUUUACGCGACUUUGAUGAAGCACGUGAGGAAGAGAUCGAACUGGACCGCCGGAAGACCUAUGGAAGAGACUAUGUUGGGAAAGAAAAGCCCUCAGGCGAGCUCUUUGAAGAGCGUAGGCUUCAAGCAGGCAUACAUCGAGCCGCUGCUCGAGAUCAACAAGAAGCUGAAGAUUUGCCACAGGGCAAGGUUUUUGCAGAUCCGCAACCAAUGGCUAUCGGUCCCGCCCUCAGCCAGACAGAAUUGAACAGACUCAAGGCCCAAAUGAUGAAGGCGAAGAUGAAGAAGGCGCCAAAUGCUGCUCAACUUGAAGCAGAAUACAAUGCUGUAUUAGCAGGAUCGGCGGGCAGUAAGGAUCGUGACGUGGUCGUGCUGAAUGCAAUGGACAAUCGUAUGCUGGCAGGAGGUCGUCAAGGCGAAGUCAUAGCUCUCACCAAUAAGCGCGGCACAGAGCGUGGUCUUGUAAAAGAAAAUGAAGACAUGAGCAUCGACGACAUGGUACGACAGGAACGCCGAACCAAAGGUCAAGCAGGAGGCGAAGGCAUGCUUUUAGCUGAGAAGAUCGCCAAGGAUUCCAAGUUUGAUGCAAACGAAAACGCCUCCAAACUCGCCUCUCGCGCCCCCAAGUCCUCUGUCAAUCUUCGCAACGCAGCCAUCCAGGACUACACACGCACAAACCGCAUCCUCGACUCGUGUCCCCUCUGCCAUCACGAAGAUAAAUCCCCACCUCAACCACCCAUCGCCCCCAUCAUCAGCCUCGGAACCCGCGUCUUCCUCACUCUCCCCACUGAACCAGAAAUCAGCGAUGGCGGUGCGGUCAUAGUGCCCAUCCAGCACCGCACAAACCUUCUCGAAUGCGACGACGACGAGUGGGAGGAAGUCCGCAAUUUCAUGAAAUGUCUAACACGCAUGUAUCACGACCAAGGCCGCGACGUCAUCUUCUACGAGAACGCAGCACACCCUGGACGCAAAGGCCAUGCAGCCAUGAACGCUGUGCCUAUCCCCUUUGAACUCGGCGAUAUGGCGCCUGCCUAUUUCCGUGAGGCCAUUCUUGAAGCUGCAGGCGACUGGACACAACACAAGCCCAUCAUCGACACACUCAAGGCUUCGCGCAACGGAUUGGGCAAAGCUGCCUUCCGCCGCAGUCUGGCGACCCAGAUGCCCUACUUUCAUGUUUGGUUUGAGCUUGAUGGGGGCAUGGCGCACAUUGUGGAGGAUGGGGGGGCGUGGCCCAAGGGUGAUUUGUUUGCGAGGGAGGUGCUUGGUGGGAUGAUGGAUGUUGGAGUCGAGGUGGUGAAGAGACAGGGAAGGUGGGUGAAGGGGGAUCGGCGGGCGGAGAGGUGGGGGAAGGGGUGGAGGAAGUUUGACUGGACCAGGGUUCUUAGUGAAGGGUAG